GAGGCCACAGAGGCCACCUCUCGAGCCACUCAAGCAACGGGUACUGCUGUAGAGCGGACGACACGACCAUGAAAGAUGGUGUCGCAAUGGGUGAGGUGGAUGAGGUUCAAGAUCGCGUGAUGGAGAUCGCCGCCCUGCUGAAAAAGAAGGCACCGCAUCUGGCCCCCAGCGUUAUCCCGCGACCGUAUAAACACGCUGCCGCCAACAUUGUGACGCUGUGCUCGACGCCCAGGCAACGGGCAGACGCCGAAGCCUUCUUGGCCUCCAAAGCGGAGAGUGCUGCCGCCGACGAUGUUGCAGCUGCGGGCAAGAAGCGCGGGGAAGAGGGGCAGCAAAUCGAAUCGGAGGAUGCGGCGGAAGGAGGGAGACACCACGUCGUCCUCGAGACCGAAACUAACAUCGCGACCAGGACGUUUCGGAUUACUGCCGCCAAGCUCGGCGGAAGGAUAGACGCGACCUUGUCGGACCUCAACCUCCUGAUGGAUCUGCACCUGAACGCUCCCCAACAAGAGUUGGCGCCAUACGUUGAGCGCUUCGCGGUGGCUAACGAGUUGGACCCCUCCACCGCCGCGCUGGCUUUGCACGGGGCCUGCAGCCUGGCGUACGCGCUCCAGGUGGCGACGAGCAGCAUUGCCGGCUGGAACGGGUUCGUUGGAAGCCACCCCCUUCCGCUGGCGGAUGACGUGGACAUGACGGUCGUCAUGAAAGAGCUCUUCAGGCCCCCGCCAACCCCCCCUGCAUCUCCUCGCAGUCGCAGCAAGAGCAAAACCAAGGGGAAGAAAGGUGGCGCGAAGAAGAAACAAGCUGCUGCUGCUGCUGUGGCGGCGGCUGCUGCGGCUGCUGCUGGUGGCGAGUCGGGGGCAGCGGGGGUAGAAGGAGUGGUUUCGGGGAAGGGGAAGACGGCGAAGAAAGGGUCGAAACGAAAGAAGCAGGGCUAAGAGGCUGUCACGAAAGCUGUGUCCUUGUCGCUCUAGCCCGGAGGCGCGAGAGGCCCUUUGUGUUAGUAAUUUGACUGUUGUAAAAUGAACGGUCGUUUCACCUGGUUGCGGAAGGGUGUACGUUGUCGGCCCCACGGGCGGCCUGGGUUUUUACCUUGGGAGUGGCUUCCACUUCGCAGGGUUGCAUCUUCUGUGGUGCUUGUUGUUUGCCUUGCGCUUUCAAAAUAUAGACUAUACACAAAUAUUUGCAGCGGACCUUGCGGGCGCAGUGGACGUCGUGACCCACAAUAAGAAUGGGCGCAAGUAUUCGUCGACAUGUGGGGAUCGAAACACGCCGGCUAGGACAAUGAAUCAUGGACGAUUCGCAUUUUGUUUCUUCUCUGUCGACCGAGUUGCUUGG